UUCCUAUUUCGUUUUAACAUUUCUUUCUUCUUGAACAGUCUUCUGCGUUUGUAUUCGUUUGUACGUAUUCAGAAAAAACUUAAAUAAAUGCGAUACAUAAAAUAUUUCAUUUUGGAACCCAUUUCCAUUUGUUCAUUUCUUACUAAUCGUGGAUAUUUCGACUGUGUCAAGGAAAUGAUGACGUCAUAACGAAUCAGAAAAAAUAAGUGAAAUAGUCAAGAAAGCCAAGAAUUCGUGGGUUCGCGUGUAGAUGCGUGCGGAUGUGUGGACUUUUGCGAUGUAAUGCGUUAGGUACGGUAUAUAGCCUACUCUCUAGCUGCGACGGAUCUUCUUGCCGUGCUGCACUUUCACGCGCAGGCGUGAAAGGCUUCCCGUUUUUGAUGGCCCAAGUCCAAGGCGAGCAAAUAAAAUCACCAAUCAGCUUCCUCUCGUCGGUGGAUUGGCUCGUGGACGAAUCGAUUGGACUUCCGGAUUGGUUGUGCCUUACACAACUUCCGCGAUGAUGUUCCACCUUCUUUGUAUGCCCGUUUUUCACACACACAAGUUAUGUGUAUUAGUUGCGUCUCUCUUUCAAACGGGUUUCCCGUCGACGGGCACAUCAUUGAACACUUCGAUAACAGAUGUUAUUGACGCUAGCUGCUUCGUCACGGUGGUUACCUAAGAGACACCCGAGUAAGCCCUUUCGCGUAGGUUUCACAAAACGAUGGAAUCCCGUGGAUCAGUUAAUCACCCAUCAAAACCAAAGACCUCCUUUCUCAUAGAGGAUAUCCUUUUUCACCGACCCAAGCAAUCGUUCGAAGACAUUCCUACAAGCAGAGAUUCGACAUUCAAUCGCCACCUGUCAUCUAACAGCUCAUCGGAGAUGAAUAAUCGGUGCUACGAAAUGCUGUUGUCCAGUGGUGGAAGUAGUGGAUUACAACAGCAGCAAACAAACAUUUCUAGCAACGCUUCCGGCUACACUUUCUUCCCGAACGCGCUGGCGGCCGCUUUCCUUUGCCCCGCUCCUCCGUCAACCUUCAACCUCAACAAUCAACGCUGUAACAAGAUGGACACGCAACACCCAUCACCUCUUUUCUUUCAAGCCACAGGGUUACCUUUGACGGCUCUUCUGGCCGCCGAUGCCGGAGCUAAACACGGACGCAGGCGGAAAGCUCGGACAGUCUUUUCCGAUCACCAGCUUCAUGGACUCGAGAGGCGUUUCGAAAAGCAGCGCUACCUCUCGACUCCCGAACGUGUUGAAUUGGCUCACGCAUUACAUCUCAGCGAAACUCAAGUCAAAACGUGGUUCCAAAAUCGAAGAAUGAAGCACAAAAAACAGUUACGUAGACACGAGGACAAGAAACACAGUUGCAAUACUACGUCAGGUGGCCAACUAGAUCAUUCCAUUCAAGAUGGUCCGGCCGAUUUAUCUUUUCGUGGUGCGUUACAGUCCAACGAUAUGUCGUCCGAGUCCGAAUGCUCCGACAGCCUACUCGAAGAUGAUGUUGAUGUUAUGAGUGAUGAUACAUAAUUUUCCAGAAUUCAAAUUUAUUUUGUUUAUUAUUGUUUUUGUUUGUUUUUUAUUUGAUUUCGUCUCUUUUUUUCCCCCUAACGUUAUGUAAACUUGAAAUCAUA